CCGAGGAGGGCGCUGAGGCCAUGGAGGUGGGCUGCGACGAUGCUGCUGAGAGCGAGGAGGAGGAGGAGGAGGAGGAAGACGAGGAGGCGGUUCGGCGGUUACGGCAGCAGCUGCUGCAGGCUACCGCCAGCGGCCGCAAAGGAGGGGCAACACCCGUAGGCAAGGCGGCAGCAGGUGCAGCGGGCAGGAGCGGAGGAGGCCCCAGCAGCAAGGGCAACACGCCGGAUGCUGGAGCGGGUCGCAGGCAGGCAGGGAAGGCUGGUGCUGCGGCUGCUGCGGCUGGCAGGACGACGCAGGAGGAGGAGGGAGAUGGGGAGGAUGUGCAGCAGAAGCAGCAGUUGUCACAGCAGCAGAAGCAGCAACGAAGAGGCACCAAGUCCCUGGCGGUGACUCCGGUAGCAGCCUCGAAGCGAACCGCCGCAGCAGCAGCAGCUGCAAAAGCGGCCGGCGUUGCGCCUGCGACAGCGCCCGCCAAGGCGCGUGGGAAGGCCACUGCCGCUACUGCCGCAGCGGCGGCUGCCCGAGGGGAUGACAUGGUUGAGGAGGAGGAGGAGCAGCAGAGGCCGGCAGCAAAGGGUCGCACGACGGGCGGCAAGGAGGCGAAGCGGAAGGCGGGUGCAGCAGCAGCAGCGGCUAGCACUCGGGGCCUGUCGAGGCUAGCCCGUGCGCUGGACCUGCCGUCCCCUGCUCCCCUGGCUCCCCUGGCUGCCAAGCAGGCUGCCGCUGCGGCUGCUGCUGCUGCUGCCACUCCUCGUACGGCAGCAGCAGCUGAGGCCGAGCAGGGGCGGCAGCAGCAGCAGCAGCAACCACCGGCGUCAGCGCGGAAGGGUGCAGCGAAGCAGGCGCCGCCCCCGGAGGAGGCGGAGCAACAGCCGCAGCAGCAGGAGCAGCAGGGAGGGAAGAAGCAGAAGGCGGGGCAGGCGGCUAAGAAGGCGGCGAGUGCUCCUAGCACGCCGAUAGGCCGCCCUGCAAAGGGUGCUGCUGCUGCUGGUGGCAAGGGGGGCAAGGGAAGGCCGGCGGUUGGAUCCAUGACUGGUCCGGCGAAGAAGGCGCGCAGGGGUUGAUGGGAGCGGUUGGAGGAUGGGGGGGGGUCGCGGGUGGCAAGACGUGGAAGUAUUAAGGAUGGUGGUUAGGUGGUGUAGAGAUGGGAGGGGCGUCGUGUAGGGUUGACAGGGUUAGGGGGUAGGCAGGUCCUGUGGGCAGGCUACCGCUGGGCGGGGUUGCACAGGGGGGUCAGAACUCUGGAGGAGUGUGUAGGAGAGGGUGUAUGUCAGCGGCUGUUAUGCACGUGUGUUGCUCCAACGGGAGAAAUGAUACUGAUCCCAGCUGACAUCACUGGAUGGGAGGUGUGCUGCGGAGUGAGUGGCCCGAGCUUGGUGGCCCAGAGCCUGGAUGCUGGGCUAAGCGCAAUGACAGCGCAGCGAGAUGCCUGUUGAGCGCUGUUCGAAGCUGUGGCAUCUGACGAAUCCUGACACGUCUUCUUGUAAAACACAUGGGCUAGGA